UUUGCGAUUUUAAUGAUCAACGGUCACUUUUCAACAUACAGUUACCAACUAAAACACUGAGUUGAUUAAAUUAAAAAUAUAUGACAAUGGAUGAGCUUUUGAACGAAGUGGUACCACAAGAGGAUUUAGAGAGGUUUGAAAAAAAAUAUCAUCACGAGCUUGAGUUGGACGGGGAAGUUACCACAGAAACCAAAUUUGAGUACGCAUUUUGUCUGGUUCGUAGUCGUUAUACAAACGACAUUAGAAAGGGAAUUAUGAUAUUGGAAGAGUUGGCACGUACCCAUCCAGAUGGAAGGCGUGACUAUAUUUAUUAUCUUGCAUUUGGGAAUGCUCGUAUAAAGGAGUAUACUUCUGGGUUGAAGUACUGCAGAGCUUUUCUGGAUAUUGAAUCAAAUGAUCAAGUGCGUUCCCUUGAGCAAUACAUUCAAAAACAAAGUGACCUUGAAGUGGCCAAGGGUAUGGCUGUCGCUGGUGGAGCAGCCCUUGUACUAGGUGGAAUAUUGGGACUAGGCUUUGCUAUGGCUAGAAAUAAACAAAAACGGGAGAAAUAGUGAAAAUCGUCAUAUUUUAUGGAGUCUGAACCCCUCUGCACAUCUCUACGAUUCAAUUUUAAAAAGUAUCAUUUUUACAUAUUAAUUUUUAUGUUAAAGUAAUCCUUGUUAAACUAAUAAAUGUUAUAGAUCAAUGUUGUAAA